AUGUCAGCAAGCAGUAAGCUGUUCCAAGGCCUCAACUUUGUGAUCGUCGCGAACAAAGAAACCGAACCAGAAACUGAGCGUAUUAUCGAGAUACUUGAGAACAACUCUGCUAAUAAGUGCACCAUAUACAAUGUGUUAGAGAACGAAGCCCACCAGGCGCUUGACAAAGAUGUCUUUUGCAAGACAUUCGACUUCGAGGUUCACGCAAUCAUUGCCUCAACCUGUGACUUCUGGUUCUACCGCCUUGCAGCUUUCGAUUUCCUCAUACCUGUUGUAACUUCUGACUGGGUGAACGCAUGCGUUGCAACUCGCCGCAUAACUAGAGCGAGUUCUUUCUCACCUGAUUCAUCCCAUCUUCUAAAAAAUCACCAAAUUUACGUCUCAAAACAUGCCUUCAGUCCGAGUGAAUACACGCUCUAUUCAGCCAUCGUGCGCGCGUUAGGCGGAGUGUGCAUUGACCAUCUGUCCAGCAAGACAAGUCACAUCCUCACCAACGACGCACAAGACCCAGCUAUUGCUGCAGUUGCCGAUAUCAAAUCGCUCUCCAUCAAGUACGUUCUUCCAACAUGGGCAGUGGCCGUUUUUGCGAGCGGCGAUUUAGUGAGCGAAACCCCGUAUUCACUUGACCCACAUGAUAGACCUGAAGAUGUGGAAGACAAAUCCGCAAGUACAUGGGAGCUUGUACAGAAGACCCAGGUCGGCUCGUGCACUGACUUUCUGUGCGGUCACGAAUUUUUCUUUUCAUCGGAUUUAAUUCUACCAUCUCAGUGCUUCGAUUUCCUUGUCGACUUCAUACUCGCCGCUGGCGGCAACGCGAUUCGUCACUCGGAACCCAUGGAGAUAUCAAAGUUCAACGGUGACUGCUUCCUGGGGCAAAACUCGAUAUCAGAGGAUUUCAUAAGCGCGAACUCAAGAGGGCUUCAUAAAGGGAACUUAUCUUGGCUUUUUCACAUGUGGUCACUACAGUCAUUUGUAUUACCACAAUUCAAACUUUUGCUCUCUCCACUACGGCCCCCAGUAUUCAACAAAGGUCAGCUUAUUUUGAGUUACACCAAUUAUUUAGGACAACAGAGGUACUACAUUCAAAAGUUAGUUGAGGCGCUUGGAGGAGUUAGUACUACCGAGCUCACGAAAAAAAACACUCACCUUUUGACUUGCUUGCCGCUUGGUCAAAAAUACGAGGCUGCGUUGAGGUGGGAAGGUACUUGUAAAAUUGCGAAUCAUCUUUGGCUGGAGGACUGCUACAGAAAACAGACUCAAGUGCCAUUUGUUGGUACGCGAUAUAAUGAAAUCCCUGCCCCAGGAGGGCUAAGUACAAAACUGGGACAGAUGCCUUUGGAGAUUAAUGACGAGGACUUAACAGACACGAUUUUGCCACAAGAGGCAGACAUGCCUUCUCAAAAUCACAUACUUCUCCGAGGUCAGGAUAGCGCUACGGAGACUCCAACGCAAUGUGAAGAUGUGCUUCCUGAUAAUGGGAUCUUCCCUGAUCCAGUUACUAUUCCUGAGGAAGUGCCCACCCCCGAAGAGCCUCACCCUCAAAUGCAGAUUAACAUCGUCGAAGGUACUUCCUCUAGACAAGAGCCUUUAGAAAAACAUACAGAACACAAGGUGUCCUCUAAAAGGGCUUUUGACGAGUUUUUGAAAGACGAUGCUUUCUCACCAGAUCAAACUCUGGAGCCGCACAAAGACAACACUCCAUCAAGUAAUAUCGCUGCAGAAGGCGCGCCUGAUAUUGUAGGACCGCAAAGAGACGAUUUAUCGCAAGAAGCAACUAGUUACGUCCCACUACGACAAGCAUCACCAAAUGCUUCUUUCAGCUCGCUGCCGCAUGAUCAUUCCCAAUUUUUACCAAGCAGCAAUUCUCGAAAGGCAAAGGAGAAGGCGGCAUUGAAGUUACACACAGAUAUGGAGGCACUAAAUGAAUUCGAGCAGAAUCUCAAGAGAAAGAAGAAUAGAUCCCUACUUCCAGAAGAGAUUCAAAAGCUGAAUAAACUGAAAGAAGUUGGAGAAAAAGUAAGAGAGCACUUGGAAACUGUUGCUGGUCGUCCUAAGGGCAAAAGCAUGAAGCCUUACGACAUAAUUGCAGUCUGUACGGGGUGCCAUGAAGAAAUUGAUGAGUUUGAUUUGGAGCUCCUGAGAAGAGUCGGGGUUACCAUUUUAAAAGCCGUUGAUGUUCAAUGCAAUACAAUAAUUGCUCCGAAAAAGAUGAGAACCGCGAAGUUUUUAACUAGUUUUGGCUUCCAUCCUCUAAAAUGGGCUCUUAUGCCCGAAUUCGUGAGCGAGCUACUCUCAAUUUUUAGACAGACAACUCCGAUCCAAGAACUUCCUAAACCUGAGGAUUAUUUGAUACCUGAAAUCGAACCAGAAGUUCUGAAAAAAACCAAGCUCUCCACAAAGGUCUUUCAAAGGGCGGGUAUCAAAUCAAUAAAUUUGACAGAAGGAGUACCCGGUGGGGAAGAAGUACUGUCAUCGAUACUGAAGGCUCACGGCGUUCUAAAUGUGCAUAUGCUCCCCAAGAAAUACACAGAGGAGGAUGUCGUAAUAAAUAAUGGUAAAAAAAACAGUCCGACUCAUAUACUUAUCGCUCAGAAGGCUUCCCAGUCCAAAAAGUUCGCGAAACUUUGUCGGAAUGCUGGAGAGAACAAGGUUAUGGUCGUGGAAUGGAACUGGUGCGUCGAAAGCAUUUUUACGUUGGAGGCAAACCUCGAGACUUCUCGAUAUGUCGUCUACAGAUCCUGA